AUGACUACUCCAAACCUGUUCAAGCCAAUCAAAGUCGGUGCUAGCCAGCUGUCUAACCGGGUGGUGAUGGCUCCUCUUACUCGAACCAGAGCCGAGAAACACGUGCCUUCCGAUCUGGCCGUUGAGUACUACACCCAGCGAGCUUCCACAGCCGGAACACUCAUCAUUUCCGAGGCCACAUAUAUUCAUCCUUCCGCUGGAGGCCACAAGGGUCGAGAGGGUCUUGUUCCUGGUAUCUGGGGAGACGCCUCCAUCAUUGCAGGCUGGAAGAAGGUGAUUCAAGGCAUUCAUUCCAAGGGGUCCAAGAUUUACAUCCAAUUGUGGGAUAUUGGACGUGUAGCCAACUACGAUGUGCUUCAACAGACUGGCCAUGAUCUGGUGGGUCCUUCUGCAAUUGCUCAAGCUGGAGAUGAAGAUGGAGCCAAGCAUGUGCGAGCUCUGACUAUUCCUGAGAUCAAACAGAAAGUGCAGCUCUACGUAGACGCCGCUAAAAAUGCUCUUGAGGCUGGUGCUGACGGUGUGGAGAUCCAUUCGGCCAACGGGUACCUUCCUGAUCAGUUCAUCCACUGGAACUCCAACAACCGAACAGACGAGUAUGGAGGCUCUAUUGAGAACAGAUCUCGAUUCAGCCUGGAGAUUAUUGAUGCAGUGUCUGCUGCUAUCGGUGCCGACCGUGUCGGCGUGCGAUUUUCACCCUGGACCACCUUCCAGGACAUGGAGGUCAACGAGGAGAAGUCUCUGCCUCAGUUCAAAUAUCUGUUUGAGCAGCUGGAGAAACGUGCGAAGGAGAAUGAGAAGAACCGCCUCUCUUACAUUCACGUGAUUGAGCCUCGGGCUGACGGCAUCUCUGACGCCAUUCCCAAGCAAUGGCAAUCCAACGAUCCUUUCAGAAACAUCUGGACCGGAGACCUCAUUCGAGCAGGAGGAUACAACAGAGAAACGGCCAUCGAAACCGCUCAGGAGGAUGACAGAACGCUGAUUGGUUUUGGACGGUACUUUAUUGCAAACCCUGAUCUCGUCUACCGUCUUGAAAACGACCUCCCUCUGACCCACUGGGAUAGACCCUCUUUCUAUACCCCCGGUCCUCAUGGAUACACAGAUUACCCCUUCCAUAAAAAGGAGUAA